AUGGAGGAGUGCGCUUGCCUCUGCAGCGUGGGCUCUUCGCGGGGAUGUCGGUGUCCUCAGAAGCGCCAGCGCCCAGUUGAGAUGGCAGCGGCCGAGGGCAAGCGGUGUCCUCAGAAGCGCCAGCGCCCAGUUGAGAUGGCAGCGGCCGACGGCAAGCGGGCCCCAGCAAAAAAGCACAUCGAGGGGGAUGUGGCAGCGUGGUGCUGUGCGGGGAGUGGAGGAAUUGCGAGCCCCAUGCCAGCCCCGCACUGCUCGCUGCAGGACCUGCCGGUGGAGAUGCUGGUGGAGAUCUUCGCCUGGCUAGAUAAUGAGUACUAUAGAACACUAGUGAAUGUAGUGGUGGACGGCUUCUGCAUUACUGGUUGGAAAUACAGGCCUUCCCUUCACACCCAUGUGGGUGGCCCAAUACAUUUCAAGCCCUCGUUCAGAAUUCGCCUGACGGAGAGGAAAUCAGCCACGGUGGAGUGCAUGGAAGGCCUCGACAGCAGGCCCCACAACCGCCACAUGCAGAUUCAGAAGGACAGGUUCACGACCCGGUGCAAGAAUACAGACCACGGAACGGAUUUACCAACGUGGCUUAGGGAAGAAGGGGGGCCGGUGCUGGAGGACAGACAGCAGUAUGACUGGCUGACCUACCGCCGCCUCUAUCUCCCGCCGAGACACCCGGACGACCUCAUCAGGCCAGGCCUCUUCCAAUACUACUACGAUGCCUUCGGCCUAAAGAUUGCCAUGCUCAGCUUCCAUGGGAAGUAUGCCAGGGUCACCAAGAUCACGGGAGUCUCCAAGAAGACGUUAGAGAUCCACCUCAUGCGCCGCAUCCAGCUGCGAGAUGGCGAGAUCUUUCACAACUUCAAUGAGCUCUCCCGCGUCGUCCAGGAGAUUGACGAGCAGGUGAUCCGGGAGCAGCAGCAG